CUACAGAUGUGAGAUACGUGAGACCUCAAUUGAGAACCACGUCAAUGCCUGAUGUUACGACUCCUGCUCCUGCACAACCAAUAGGAUCUUCAAGUUCAGGAUCUGCGGCUCCUCCAGCGGCUCCUCCAACCUAUGUGAGGAGAACAGAAGAUGCUCUGCUACGUGCUCCAUCCAGAAGAAACCAGCCACACCUUCAUCCUGAUAAGCCCAAUGGAGCAUUGUGGUUUGGGGUUGAUCCUGAAGUUCAUGCUUUUAUCCGAGCAACAUGGCAGGGAGAUUACUGGGGCCCGUGGCAAAGCUGGAUAAAGGUUCCAGAGCCGAAGAGAAUAGGAUGGUGGCACUCAUUCAUACAACAAUACUACUGGGAAGACAGUCUUCAUGAGGAAAUCCACUUUAAAUGGAAGCUUCAGACUCAAGUGUCUAUCUGCGGACGCAUAAGCCAAAAAAGGAAAAAGAACAAGCAACCUAAAUACAUCAGUGAGAAUGACUGGAAAAUAGUCCUUGCGAAUUGGUCAACAGAUGGAGCAAAAGCCAAGAGCCAAUCAGCAGCUGAUUCUCGCACUUCAGCUCCUGUGGGGUUGAAGAUGCACGUCCAUGGUGCAGGACCACGCUGCUUUGUAAAUAUUGGGUAUCGUAUGAUGAUCGACCAAGGUUUGGAUACACUACCUUCAUAUACAGACCUUGCAAGGAAGACUCAUACUCGCAAAGAUGGGACCUUCAUGGACGAACGAACUGAGCAACUGGUUCUAGAGGUUGAGCAAGCAGUUGAAGAGAUGUUAGAAGAUGGUUCUCCAGUUGGAGAUAGCCAAACUUGCUCAACUGCUGCCACAGAAAAUUCUAAGCGCCUUCUCCUAAACCAAGAAUACAUCAAGCGUGGAAAGACACGCAAGGGCACCAUUUAUGGGCUUGGCAGUGUUCAAUUCAACAACAAACAUCCUUCUGAGUCAGUUCCUGCUUCACUCAACCGAAACAUCGGCUUGGAGACGAGGGUUUGUGGUUUGGAGACCAUCACUCAGGAAAUCAAGUCUGAUUUCCAGACUUUGAAGUCUGAUGUUCAGGCUAUCAAGACUGACUUCAACCAAGGGAUGGCUAAAACUCAAUCAAGUCUAGACACAAUUCUGCAGUUUCUUCAGCCUCAAGCUUCCAAUCAUGCUGCAUCUACUGCACAACCAACUCAGUCUCAAGCUCCACCUCAAGGUCAAGCACCAUCUCCAGCUCGUGAUAUGUCUCCAGCUCAAGGUGAAUCACAACCUCAACACAUCACCAGUAGCAAUUCUGAGUUAAAUAGGUGGUGCAACACACUCGGUUUGUAGUUCUUAGAUGUGGCUUGCCCUAAAUCAAGUUUAAGUAUUAUGUUUUAAUCUUUUGAACCUUCUGAAUGUUGAAUCUUUUGGAUGUUUGAUCUUUUGAACCUUUUGAGCUUUUAAGAGGCUCAAUAUGUAAUAUAAUUUCUGUUUCUGUUUCAAA